UAGGCAUGGACGAUUUUACGAAAGACAACCAAUACGACCAUAUGAUUGUAAAUAAAAUAUUAAAUUGAGCAUGAUCUAUUUCGAAUCAUUGGCAGUAAACAUAUAGAUGUUAGUAAAAAAAUAAAUAAAGACUAUGUAUAGAUACAGUUUAAUUGAGUUUACCUUAAUAUAGUAUUAAAAUUGUAAUAUUAAAGCUCUUAAAUAUGUUUGUCAUAUGAUUUCGCGAACUUAAUAGACUACAUUAAUAGUUUUGGUACCAGUAUUUUGAGUAAGAUGCCUACCACGGUGUAGAUGCAUAUCGGUGGCCUUUCUGUCAAAAUGCUGCCUCUCUAUCAUUAACAAGAAAAUGGAUGAUCGACAUUCAAAAAACAGAUCCACUGAAAUGGGUGGUGGUGAUAUUAACUAUUAUGUCUUGGCUGCUGCUGGAAAUCCAAUGGCUGCUUUAGAACAGAUCAUCAAAAAGGAAUCUAUCAUUUUUGGAAUUAAAGCCCUUUUUCAUCACCAGAUUUCAUCUUUGAAAAAGAAUGGUUUUGAAGAUAUAUUUCCAAUAUUGAAGAUGACUGGACAUAGUGAUAAUGAUGUACAUGAACAGGAUGAAGUGGAAGAUCUUAAUGAUGAGGAAAAUUUAAGUUAUAAUGAACCACAGACAAUAAUUAAAAACAGUCAAAUCACUGACAAGUUAAAGGAAGAUCUUGUAAAAGAGACAGUUUUUAGACAGAAUCGUUGCAAGCUAGGUAGGCCACGAAAGAAUAUACAAACAGAACAUGGUAGAACAGAUAAUGUCAUUGAUGACACAGAUGCACAAAAUACAUUCGAAAUCAACAAUAUGUCAUGCAAAUAUGAUACAGUUAUUGAUGAAUCUGGGUGUUUUUGCAAAAUCUGCAAUUGCUCAUUUGCAUCAAGUCGGACAUUAAUGAAGCAUUUGAAACGAAGACAUACACAUCUUUAUAAAACAAAGAAGGAUGAAGUCAAGUCAGGCAAAGAACUAUGCAUGGUUUGCAAUAAGUUCUACAAAAACAAGUUUUCCCUGAGGAGGCAUCAGUACAAAAUGCAUCGCGGUGCAAUGCCAAUGUUUGAAUGCAGAGUUUGCGAUGCCAAUUUUCACAGCAAAAAGGAUCUAACAGCCCAUAGGGAGUCAGAGAAACAUGACACAAGGGCAUGGAUGAGGCGCCGGAUCCUGUGUGAUGACUGCGGAAAGACAUUGCAGACCCUGAUGUCAUUCAGGGAGCACAAGAAGGUGUGUCAGAGCAAGGAAAGAAAUUUUAAAUGUGAUCAAUGCCCCAUGAAGUUUAAAUCGAAAACAAACCUUUUGGGACACAAAGCUCAUGUACACGAUGUGCAGGAAAUUACUUGUCAUGUAUGUGGAAAACUUUGUAAAAAUCAGGGAUCUCUAAGGAACCAUUCGAAAAGGCAUGAUGAAAGUAACAAAAAACAUUCUUGUAAUACUUGUGGCAAAACGUUUUUCAAUGCUUCAAAACUCAAAGAACAUAUAAGAAGCCAUACCAAGGAGAAACCAUAUUCCUGCAAUAUCUGCAGCUAUACAUGUGCAAUACGAACAAACCUUGGAAAACAUUUGAAGCAGUUACACAAACUAUUGCCAGGGGAUGAGCAGUAUCAAAAACAUAUGCAUCGGUCAACAGCUACGAGUCUCAAUUUUCCGCAUUCCUCACCACCAGUUCCUGAAGCAUUGACUGUUAACAAAAGUGCCACCAAUCACAUAGCAGUGCCGGAAGGAUCGACAAUUAACAACAAUGCAAUCACAGACAGUUGCAAUAUCAUUUGCACAGAACGAAAAAAUGAAUGUGCUGUGGUUCAGACUGUCCAUACAACCAGUACCAGUACACAGUUUAUUACGACUUCUGCUAUAUCGAGCCAUAACGACAGUAAACAUACCCAUGUGGAAUACUCUACAUCAUAUUUACAGCCAACUUAUUCUGUAAUUUUACAACACGAUUUAAGUAUUGAUAAUACUUUGACACCUUUGUAAAUUUAAAUCAUUAUAUAAAAUAAUUUAUAUAGUGUUGAAAUCGUCAAAAAUAUGCACAUAUAUUUUUCUAAAAUCUUAAUUAUGAUGUAUUAUGUUCUAGAAUAAACAAUUAUGUUCUUGAAUAAACAAUUUUUGUUCAAUGUAUCCAGAAAAAUAUCUAAAUUAAUGUUGGAAGAACAUUUAGUUAAAUGCACUGAUAUGUUCAAUUGUACAUAACUGCAAAUUGCAGUAUCACUUAUUUACUAGAUCAUAUGACUCUGUCACGCUGCAAUUUUUAGACUAUACAAAAGCUCUGUUUUGAAAUUGGUUUUAACCUACAAGCGAAUCCUGUAUUAUAGUGAUACUGCCAAAGUCGUCUAAAAUGUUUUAACUAACACAUAUUUCAUGCUUUGAAAAGUAUUUUAAUAUAACAACAACAACAAAGUUGAAUAAAAAUAUUGCUGUUUUGAAAGUUCAAACUUGGGGCCUUAAAAAGCAAAAUCCAACAAGUUACCACUGGACAGUUCUAGCUUUUGAAAUAACAGCACAUUUUAUUAGCUAUGUUGUAAUUCAUGAGUGCUAUGUCGCUUAUUUGAAUAUAGUUUAAUGUACUAUAAAUUAUAUUGUGGAUUUUUAAAAUGUUUUUAUUUAAAACUGUGAACAAGUCCUUCAACUAUUGUAAUUAAGGUCUGUUGUUAUGCACUCAUCAAUCAUUUUGUCAAAUAAUCAUGACGACCUGGGCCAUUACAUGAUGGUGAUGAUGAUGAUGAUGAUGUCGAUGAUGAUGAUGAUGAUGAAAAUAUUUCUUCCCUCAUUAAAACUAUGUUGUCAAGAAAUUCAAAUCAACUAAAAAUACCAUAAAUACACUAUCUUGUAAAUUGAUUUCAAUAGUUACAUUAAUUUUUUUGGUCCUCUUAUUCAGUGAUAUGAACAUGUCUGCUUUUUACUAGGAUCCAUGUAUAAUAUAUUUUAAGAGUAUAUUUUGAUAUAAAUUGCACAAUUUAACUAUUGUUGGUGCUUUUUGCAUUCGACUCGCAUCAUGCAAACAUGGGUCUUGUGCCAUUUGAAACUAGUGUAGCUUAAAACUAGCUUGCGCAUCCACGAUUGCACAGCUGGUUCGGAGCAGCCCUGGUGCAUGUGGCACAAUAUUAAUUAUCACAUGUACGCGGGUGAGUGUAGUUUUUAUACAGUCUGUCGAUUUAUUUGAAUACAUGUAUUUGUAUUUCAGAAAAUGUAGCUUUGUUCUAACAACGGCAAUAAUGUGUUAAUAUUUGGACUCAUAAAAAACCAAGUGGUGAAAUGAUGGCAUGGAAUAUAUAUAUACUUUGUACUUGAACGGACAAAUUUGUGAUAAUAACAUUUUUAUGUAUUAUUCAGUUUCUUUUGUCUCUGAUUAAUCAAAUAAUACUUGGAUGCUGAUUUCAAUCAAUAUUGUCGACGAUUCAUAUGUACAUGUACUUUUGUUCUGUAUCGACAUAAAGUGGUGCAAGGUAAAUGUUUACAUUGCGACUCAAUUUAAUAAUUUUCCAAAUUUUGAUAUGUGCGUUAGAAACAGUGAGCAGUAAAACAAAUCAGGCAUUUAUUCACAAGAGUUGGCAUGCGUCUUUAGCUCACCUGCGCACAACGUUCUCAGUGGUGAGCUUUUGCGAUCACUUUUUUCCGUCGUGCGUCGUUAACAUUUGUAUUGUUUACACUCUAGUGGCCACAUUAAUUAAUGUUAUUUUCUGAUCUUUAUGAAACUUUGUCCCAAUGAUAUAUUGGAUGAGUUCAAAAAUGGUUAAGGUUGGUUGAAAAACAGGGCCGCAAUGGAGCGGGCAUUUUUCCUUAUAUGGCCUUAGUAAAAUCUUGUGAACACUCUUAAGGCCACAUUGAUUGUCCGAUCAUUAUGAAACUUGGUUAGAAGAAUAACCCAAAUGCCAUCUUGGACGAGUUCGAAAAUGGUUUCGGUUGGUUGAAAAACAUGGCCACCAGGGGGCGGUGCAUUUUUCCUUAUAUGGCUUUGCAUGGGCAUAGUUAAACCUUAAACACUCUGAACGUUACAUUUAUUGUCCAAUCUUCAUGAAACUUGGUCAGAACAUUUGUUGUUAUGAUAUCUUGGUUCAGUUGGAAAAGGUUCUGGUCUGUUGAAGAACAUGGGGGGCAGGGAAAUUUUCCUUAAAUGGCUAUAGUAAUACCCGGUUAAGCUCUAGAGGUAAACAUUUGUCUGAUCUUCAUAAAAAAUAUGGCCAGGAGAUUUUUCUUAAUAAUCUUGGACGAGUUAGAGAAUUGUUCUGGUUGGUUGAAAGCACAUCGCCGCCAGGGGGAGGGUUAUUUUUCUUUAUAUGGCUAUAGUAAAUAUUUGUUAACACUUAAAAACAUUUAUUGUACAAUCUUCAUGAAACUUGGUCAGGAAAUUUGUUAAAGUUGUUUGGAUGAGCUCGAAAAUGGUUCCGGUUUGUUGAACAACAUAGCCGCCAGGGGGUGGGGCAUUUAUCCAUAUAUUGCUGUCAUAAAACCAUGUUAACACUCUUAAAGUCACAUUUAUAAAUCAAUCUUUAUGAAACUUGGUCAGAACAUUUGUUCUAAUGUUAUCUUGGACUGCACAGAGCAGGUCAGUUCCUUUGUAUCCCAGGUGAGCGACUUUGGGCCUGUCAGGCCCUCUUGUUAAAGUGAUAUUAUGGGCAUUUUCACUGUUGAAUUUAGCUGAAAAGAAUUAACAUGUCAAAAGAGUUAGUUAAAAUGUGGUAACUGACCAAUUAUCUGCAAUUCAUCUUGCUUUCAGUUGUUUAUAAAAAUAUGUAUUAUAUUCGAUAUUUUAGUUGACUCACCCAGUCCUCCAAGUCGAAAUGAUACGUAAAACACUAUUGUGUCUUUGUGUCGUUUGAACGAAUCUGCACUAACACUUAAUUUAGAUUCACAUCGAUUAUCGAAUUAUUUCUGUCGUCAGUUGUCAAAACGAAAGUACGGUUGAUAUUCAAAUGCAUUAUUUUUGUAUUUCCGGGAUAUUGUUUUAGUAUGUUGAUGCUGCAUUAACAAAUAUAAGUGUAUAUGAAGUGAAAACACCAAAAAUAAACAACGGUUGCGAUAGACACCUAUAAACAUAGCAUAAUUAUACUGUUAGAUGCCCAUAAUAUCACUUUAAGCUGAUUUAUCAAUUUUCAUUUACACGUACAUGUAAUGGGAAAUAACAGCUUCAGGGAAACUCAGUACCUGGUAGCAGUUAUCUCACUUUGAAUGCUACAUUGUCGUCAGUAGAUAAGAUAAAGUUCCUGUCAAAAUAUGAUAUGCGUACAUAUAUUAUAAUCGAGCAUUUUGAGUUAUUUUCAAACACCUUACACGUUUGUCUUAACAAUUUUGGACACCUUAUUGUUUUCUUUUUUUAUGUCCCCCACCACUAUAGUGAGGGACAUAUUGUUAUUGCCCUGUCUGGUGUUCUGUUGGUUGGUUGGUUUGCGCCAACUUUAACAUUUGCAAUAAUUUUUGCAAUAUUGAAGAUAGCAACUUGAUAUUUGGCAUGCAUAUGUAUCUUAUGGAGCUGCACAUUUCGAGUGAUGAAAGGUCAAGGCCAUCCUUGAAGGUCAAAGGUAAAAAAAAUCAAAGCGGCGCACAAGGGGACAUAGUGUUUCUGACAAACACAUUUCUUGUUUGUAUUUAAAUUUUUGAACACGAAAAAAUGUAUUAGUAUCGUGUCCGAACACUUAGAGUAAUAACGGUAAUUCUCAAUCUGCUUGCUGUAUAAAUAUUUACGUUACUGCCACAACUAAAUACAGCUGGAAUGAGACAGUAUGGAAUUACAUAUCAGAAUUUUAAGCAAGGAAUAAUUCUUUUUAACGUUUUAAUCUUCCUUUAAACCUAGCUGUCUCCUACACGUAUCACGUUAAUACUUGCUAUGCCAUAUUUGCAUACACGCUAUUCAGGGCUUACACAGUUUAAUACGAAGGCAUUCAUUGACCCAAAAUAUGAUUGCAAGUCACGCAUCUCUCUCUGCACUGGAUAUGCAAAUGAUGUCACCUUAUUAGCAUAUUAAAACAACUAAAAUGUAUUCGUUAUUUUCCCCUUUAUUCGAUCAAAUGUUGUUGAUUUAGUUUUGUACACGCUGAACGGUGCUGUUACCUUAGUUAUGCUUUGACUGCGAAAUGUGUUAGGACACGUUUCAUCUGAUUAAAAUUGUUUUAAAUAUACACGCACUUAAUAGACACGCUUAGUUAGACGACGAAAUGUUAGGAGGGUGUAUUAUUUAAAGCUUAUAUUGUUUUUCUUACUCAAGAUUUCCGCCUGGAUACAGGCUUUUCCUUUCGCUUUUUUUUUCGGUUGUUGUGUAUGUGUAAUAUAUUGUUUGUCUAAAAACCCGAAACGAAAACAGCAUGAAUUGAUAAAUAUCCGUAUCUCGAUCACUUAUAACAUCAGCUUUAUGCUUGAACAGCUGGUUGAGCUUUUCGGCGCACCGUCAGACGACGGUUGUUUUGAAUAUUGAAUAAUUUUACCGGGCUUAAUCAUGCUAAAGACACCCCAUUGGUAUUCAUGGAAUCGUCUUUGAAUAGUACAUUAAGCUUUAAGUAGACUGAUUUGCCAAUUAUUUAUGCAAAAUGGUGUUUGUUUUUGGGUUCAUUGUUCUGUUCUCAGUUUUUGCAGGAUUUUUGAAAUGUGGACAAGCCAUCAACAAUUAAGUUUUUUAAUGAAUUAUCAAUGAUAUAAACAAUAAAUGUGCAAUUGCAAA